UAUUUGAACAAUAAUUGCCAGAUUGAUUAUUUAAGACACAGAUCUUAUUGCCGCUUUAAAGGGUAGAACCUGGGGGCACUGGGACCAUGAUGAACUCCUCCAAGAAGAAUGAACUAGAUUUAGAAAAAAGCAUUACCAAUAAGAAAACAGAAGAAGCCAAGUGGCAAUGUAUCUACCCAAAUGAGAGGAGAGAGAGGAAUCACGUUUAUACUCUUCUUGACAUCAGCGAGAACGUAUUUGAACAAGAUGAACGGUCCUUGGAAUAUGUCAUCAGGACAGGAUGGGAGGAAGCUGUGCAAGGCUGGGGUAAAGUCGCUCCAUUUGCCUGCCUUCAGUUGCAAAAGCAAGCCAAGAAAUCAAGGGCAAAUGAAACCAUCGACAGUUGCCUGUUUUGCUUAGAUAUGAGGCAAAAUAAUGACAAAAGUGUGAGCCAAGAAACCAAGACUACAAGAGAUCAAUCAAAAUCUGAUUGCAAAUUAAGCACAUGUGCUAUAGAUGAUACCGUUUCAGAAAAGAAAGAGGUUCCAGUCCAUUCUAGUGAGUCUUCCAAUUGUUCUACCACCGAUGGAACUAAGAGAGAAAGUUGUAAUGGCAAGUUACGCUCUAUUCAGAUAUUUCAAGGUGAAAAGAAAAGUUUGCCAGUAAAGGAAUACAGUAUAUGGCAACCAGAAAAAAUGAAAAACCCAGAAGCCCUAAAAAAUAAAGCUGUAAAGACCCCUGAGCCUACCAUGCCUGCUCCAGAUAGCUCUGAAUCUUCAAACUUAAAGUCUUUGCUGAUAUUGCCACCAGUGAAAGAUGCAACUACAAAAGAUAGCACAGAUCCAUCUUUUAAGAAGAGUAUAGCAGCUAUCUCCCAGGCAAAUCAGAAAAUGCUCAAUGCUACUUCAGCUGAGACUGCUUCCGGUAGUAAGGGUACUCAAACAAUCGAACAAAAGGGGGAAAAAGAAACUGACUGUAUCAUUCAUGAUACAGUGAAGGAGAAACAAAUUCACGAACCAUUAUCCUUUGUCCCAAGGCUUCCAAAAGCAUUUCUGCAAAGAGGCCCUGAACAGUUACACUGGCCCUGUGCUCUUUGGCCAGAUAGAAAAAUUACAACCACUUCUAAUUCUGUUUCUUUGAGAAAGAACAGUCAUCUUGCUAACAUGCAGUUUCUGCAUACAAAAGGAAUACAGUACACAAAACAUGAUGAGAUCAGAGGUCCUUUCACCAACAGUAUUAAAAACAGAAGUCUCUCAGAGGCCAAGCAAGGAAAUGAAUCAAAAACACAGGCGGUGCAACUGCUUCCUGGACUAUUCCCUUCCUUAACGGUCAGCCAUGUUGCAAUAACCGCAAUGUCUUCUAGACUGACCUAACAUUUUUAUACUGUAACUUCAUGUCAUUUUCUUCUAUUUGUUUGAACUCAUUAUAUGAUGAGAAAAGGAUUGAAGAUACAUUGUACUUGUGCUCCGUGUGAGCAGACUUGCCGUUUGUUAAUUUUUUGUAGGUGCUACUUAUAUGUAUCAGUUUAUAAUACUAUACAUUCCUUCCAAAUAAUUUAAUUUCCAGUUUAUAGAUUAACUGUCUAUUGUAUACAAUAUUCUAAUUCCCAUUGCCCCAUCUUAAUUUAUUUAAGGUUCUACUGGAACUAAGUGCAUUCACCUCAUUCAGGUGCAGCCCUCAUGAACAAUUAGACUGUGGGGCAAGCUGGGGUGUGAAUCUAUCCCACAUCAGUCUGCCCUGCUCUAACUGUCCAUGUACACCCUGCUGCUAUAUGUUAAGUUUGUUACAGUGCUUUGGGUUAGUCCUCCUUAGCUCAAAGCACUUUAACAACCGUUAAUGCACACAGCCAGUUAAGAGCAUGUCAGGCUAAUGUAGGAUAGAUUCACAUCCCAGCUUGCCAGUGUCUAAUUCUUCCUGCAGACAAGGCCUAAGUAUGGUCAUGGGGUACCUGGCUCAACAAUGCAUUUUAGCACAAUCUUGAGUUCAUCCUUAUUCAGCAAAAGCCAUUUAAGAAUUUUCUUUAUUUUAAGUAUGUGCUUCAGUUUCAUUGAGAUCCAUGGGGCUGAAUAUUUGCUUAAAUGCUUUGCGGAACUGGGACUUAAAAGAGCAGCAGAACUAGUCAAGUAGCUACAGAACAGCAGCUCUUUCACAGUGGCAUGGUUAAAUGUUCAGUUACUACGUUUGUCCUGAUUCGUUUAAGUACUAUAAGUAUUUUUUUGUGUAUGCUUCCUUGUUUUGUUUUCAUGUUUUAUUAACAGAGGCCAGACUCAUCUAUUAUUAAACAGAGGGACUUUGAUAUCAA